UAUUUUUUUAUUUUUCUAAUUCUCCUUUUCCUCAAGCCGUUAUUUCUGAAUGCCACUUAGUCGCGAGGGUCUAGCUUAACUGGUAGACACGUGUAUGUACAUUUUUAUAUAUCCAUCUCAAAGCAUAGGGAGUGUUAAUUUAAAAGGAAAUUUAGUAAAAAAAGAGUGAAAGAAACAAACUUCCGAGUUGGAGAGGGGCAAAAAAGUACGAUUAAUUUUGAUAUUUCUGACGUUUUUUUCCUUUCCCUGAUGCUUUUAUUAGAUCAAAAGCAAGGAGUUAAGGAAAGGUAUUUUGUCUGUGUUGACAUUCAGGUAUAAAAAAAUAUUUUUUGAUGGCAGGUUAAACAGCUUGGAUUAAAAAAAAAAAAAAAAAAAUUGGAUGGAAACACCAAAAUACUCCAAAGAGAAACUUAACGUAGUGAAACGAGAUUUCAUUUUUUUUCCCCAACUUCAAAUCCUGCUGCUUUAUUUCCGCCUUAUUCUAGAGGGGUUGGAAUGAUAUGCUUAUUUUUAUAAUCAACCAUCCCACAGAAGAAAAAUUCGAUACAUUUAUCGCAAAGGGUGUAGCAGACGACUGGAUAAGAUGCUACCUCCCUCCGCUGAGCCCGGCUCCUAAGUGAUCAGGAACCUGGCCAGGAAAUGCGAACUAUUCCAACUGAUCAUCAUUCGCUGUCAGAGUUUGACGUCACCAUAAACUGGAACGAACAGAAGAACACUUUUUUUUGCCACCCCUUUUCAACAUGCUGGAAGCCGUAAAUGACAGAUCCGCAAGAAUCGAAUCCAUGUCCGACAUCGAAGAUACCGAUUUUUUAUUGAGAGACAUGGAGUUCACCCCGGUGUCCACCACAACAGUGGACACUAAGGGGGUAUAUGUGGACAAUUCGAACGCCGAAACGGUGGUCCAGAGCUCUUUGGAGCCUCAGCCGCCCCAACUUCCGACCAGCUCCUCUGAAGAACUUCAAGAAACUGCUCAUGGAUCAUCAAGAAAAAACUCUUCAGGCCUGCGACGGCAAGAAAAGCCUCCUUACUCCUAUAUCGCCCUGAUAGUGAUGGCGAUUCAGAGCUCUCCGUCCAAGCGCCUAACACUGAACGAGAUCUACCAGUACCUUCAGGGCCGAUUCCAGUUCUUCAGGGGCCAGUAUCAGGGCUGGAAAAACUCCGUCCGACACAACCUGUCCCUCAACGAUUGCUUCAUCAAGCUGCCCAAAGGUCUGGGCAGACCGGGCAAAGGCCACUACUGGACGGUCGAUCCGGCCAGUCAGUACAUGUUCGAGGAGGGUUCGUUCAGACGCAGGCCGAGAGGCUUCAGGCGACGAUACCAGGCUUUGAAGCCUUACGCGCAGUUCUACCAUUCAGGGGGAGUCAAUAAUUUUCUAGGUUUUGACGGAAUUUCAUUUCCAGCCAACAACAAUGGUAGCUGCUGGCUACCCAAUCCUGGUAAUUAUCCGCCUAUGUCACAACAGCAAUAUUUUUCUCAAGAAAGCCUUCCAAAUACUAAUGCUUGGCCAUCCAACUCAGUAGCUUCUCAUUGGCCUCAAAAUGACCACAUUUUUGGCGAUGGUGGGCCAAUCCAAAAUACACAAACGACUGGAAAGCAGAUCUCCACUUUAACCGAUGUUCAGAACUACGCCAACACAUUCGCCAACGCAAUGACAACAUUGGCGACUGAAAUCGAAGACAUCACCCUCAGCAAAGAACAGCAAGAACGAUCAGUUCCUCAGGUACCCAUUUACCCAAAUCAAAGACCGCCAAAUUCUUCCCAAUUUGGUCAGCCCGAACAGGUGCCACAGACUGGCUGCAGCACAAGGCAAGACUGGGCUUUGCAGUAUUCAAAUUUGCAAUCGGAAGUGAAUGGUCUGCUAGCCCCUCGACCACCCAACCAAGUAACAGAACAUGCAGAACCGAAUUCUCAUCUCUCUCAAAGUACCGAUAUGUCACCCAAUCCUGCCAGUGCGAUUCCUUCGUCAGUGUCACAAUACCCUUGGUUAGUCAACAGGUGGACGUGUUUCUGAUGGAAUACUUCAAUGUUGUGAAAAUUAACAUGAAAUAUUUCACAUUUAUCUCUCAGGAAUGUAAAAAUAAAUAGAAUUUUAAAUUGAAUUUUAUGGCACUAUGAGCUUUGAAGAAACUGCGAUAUUUUAUGAGGUAGGAGAGAAGAGACGGAAUUAAUAAAAUAUAUGCAUUCAAGUGAUAAAAUUUUAAACUCUCAACAACAUUUAAGUUUGGAUUAAAUGAAAUUUCAUAUUUAACAUCCUGCAGGGUGUUCCAAAAAUACAUACACAAUUUGAAUAAGUAUGGCACAAAUAAUUCAUACCAUGCAUUAAUUUUUCAUAAAUCAAUUUAAUUGAUAUAAUUACAGAAUCAAAUCAGUUAUCAGAUGUUUUAAGAUUAAAAUUUACUAAUGCAAUAUUUUUCUUAUUUCGUAGUCCCUGCAUUUACACACCAAAUAAUUCACUUAAUCGUCAUUAUUAUAGCUAAAGGCAGUCAAUAAGUUCACAUAAGUUUCUAAAAUCAAACAAGAAUUAAGUGUAAAUUGUGUUAUGUAGAGUUUAUAAAAGAUUGGUCUUGCUACUUUCAGAAUAUCUUGGGUGGUAAGCUAAUGCAAAUAUUUCUUGGGAAAAAAAAGAUAAUAUAUUCAUACUGAUUAAUUUGAAUUAUGAAAUGUUAAGAUAUGUUAUUAAUUUAUACACUUGAAAUUAUUCAAGAUGCGCGAACAUUUUUGGAACAUCCAGUACAAUAAAAAUUAUCGCAUAUUUAUUGUAAUCGGAAAUCAAGAUGCCCUUUUCCCUGUAAUAGUAGAGGGGAAAAAAUACUGUAUACAUCCUCCUACAAAAAAAAAAAAAAAAAAAAAAAAAAACCUUAUGUUUCUACCAUCUUUUGUUAGUUUUUUUUUUUGGGGGGGGGAGGAAACUUUUACAGAUGUAUUUAAAGCUCUUACUACAAGUAAUAGAGAUAUUUUUAAUAUGUUUGAAAUAUUCUAGUUCAGGAAGGAUUCUAAUUUCUUUCUUUCUGAUAAAAUCAUUAUACUGAACGAGAUCUGUUUUGCAAGACACAAUUUUUUCGAAAGUAGCACCUGUUAUUGCAGUUUAGAUGUUUAUCAAGAAAGACUUGUGAUGAAGACUGAAUGAACUCUUCCUUUGAAUUAAAUAUGGAUCAUAAUAAAAUAAAGUGAAAAAUA